GGAGCACGAAUGGGCGGAGCUUCGCGGCGCGCCCGCUGUGCUGACGGCGCCCAGCCCGCCAGAAGAGCGCUCGGCGGGCGAACGGCGGGGAGCCAGCCGGGUAGGGCAAGCGCGGCCGGCGCUUGCGGGAUGCUCCAAGAUGAAACGCCAUAGAACACUCAGUAGUAGUGAUAGUUCGGAUGAAAGUCCAUCUACUUCCUUCAUUUCUGGAUCAAUGUAUAGGAGCAAUCCCAAAAUUCCAAAUGAACGAAAAAAGCCUGCUGAGGUGUUCCGGAAGGACCUCAUCAGUGCUAUGAAAAUUCCAGAUUCUCACCAUAUUAAUCCUGACAGCUAUUACCUAUUUGCGGAUACAUGGAAGGAAGAGUGGGAGAAAGGAGUCCAAGUACCAGCCAGUCCAGACAGUGUUCCUCAGCCUUCUCUCAGGAUUGUAGCUGAGAAGGCAAAAGAAGUUCUCUUUGUCCGACCACGGAAAUAUAUCCACUGCUCCAGCCCAGAGACCGUAGAACCUGGUUACAUCAACAUCAUGGAGUUAGCGGCAUCGGUGUGCCGCUAUGACUUAGAUGACAUGGACAUCUACUGGCUCCAGGAUCUCAAUCAGGAUCUUGUCCAAAUGGGUUAUGCGCCAGUUGAUGAAGAUCUUAUGGAAAAGGCCAUAGAAGUCCUGGAACGCCAAUGUCAUGAAAAUAUGAACCAUGCUAUUGAGACAGUGGAAGGGCUAGGCAUAGAGUAUGAUGAAGAUGUGAUCUGUGAUGUGUGCCGGUCUCCAGACAGUGAAGAAGGGAAUGAUAUGGUGUUCUGUGAUAAGUGUAACAUCUGUGUACAUCAGGCCUGUUAUGGUAUCCUUAAGGUCCCAGAAGGCAGCUGGCUGUGUCGCUCCUGUGUCCUAGGCAUUUAUCCUCAGUGUCUGUUAUGUCCAAAGAAAGGUGGAGCCAUGAAGCCUACCAGGACAGGUACUAAAUGGGCUCAUGUCAGCUGUGCACUGUGGAUUCCAGAGGUCAGCAUUGCUUGUCCUGAGAGGAUGGAACCAAUCACAAAGAUUUCCCACAUUCCACCCAGUCGGUGGGCCUUAGUCUGCAGCCUUUGUAAACUGAAGACAGGAGCUUGCAUUCAGUGCUCAGUAAAAAGCUGCAUUACUGCCUUUCAUGUCACCUGUGCCUUUGAGCAUAGCCUAGAGAUGAAGACCAUCCUAGAUGAAGGAGAUGAAGUUAAGUUCAAAUCAUACUGCCUCAAGCACAGCCAAAACAGGCAGAAACUGGGAGAGUCUGAGUACACUCUACACAGAGCUACAGAGCAGUGCCAGGCCAAAAGCGAGAAGAUAAGUCUAAGGGCACAGAAGCUUCGGGAGCUGGAGGAGGAGUUCUACACCCUAGUCCGUGCAGAAGAUGUGGCCACAGAGCUGGAGAUGUCCACAGUUGCGGCCGACUUUAUCUAUAACUACUGGAAACUAAAACGGAAAAGCAAUUUCAAUAAGCCGUUAUUUCCACCAAGGGAGGAUGAAGAAAAUGGUCUGGUGCAGCCAAAAGAAGAGAGUAUUCACACUCGCAUGAGAAUGUUUAUGCAUCUACGUCAGGACCUAGAAAGGGUCCGAAAUCUAUGUUACAUGAUAAGCAGACGAGAGAAGAUGAAAUUGUCACAAACCAAAAUACAGGAACAGAUCUUCAGUUUACAAGUCCAGCUUGCUAACCAGGAAACUGCUGCAGGACUGCCUUUGACAAAUGCACUAGAAAAUUCACUAUUUUACCCACCACCAAGAAUUACCUUAAAGUUAAAAAUGCCUAAGUCAGCCUCAGAAGACUGCCAGAACAGCUCCACAGAGCCUGAUCAAGGAACCCUCUCUCCUGGCAGCAGCUCCCCUGUACGCAGUGUAAGGGGCACCCAGGAGCCACUAGAAAUGAGAAUGAAAUCAUGCCCGAGAUACCCACUAGAGGGCAAGAAUCACUGUUUGCUGGCCAGCCUUGGCCAUUCCAAGAGUGAAGCAAAGGAUCCUAGUCCUGCUUGGAGAACUUCGUCUCCUGAGUUAUGUCACGGGCAGUCAGUGGGUAAGCCUCUGGUCCUUCCAGCUGUCAUUCAUGGACAGUCCUCUAUGGGGAAUGGGAAAAAUCAGUCUAAUUCCAAAUUUACCAAAUCCAAUGGUGUGGAUGGCAGCUGUUCAGGAGAUGGUACCCAGAAAGACAGCUCCAGUGAGACAUUCUGUGACCGUGAGCCUGUGCUCAGCUCACAUUUAGCUAGUCAGAGCAGCUUUAGGAAAUCCAGCAUGGAGCACUUUAGUCGGUCCUUUAAGGAGACCACCAAUAGGUGGGUGAGGACCACAGAGGACCUCCAGCGCUAUGUCAAACCUGCCAAGAACAUUGGCCCUAAGGAACAGCACUGGGGCAAGCAGCACGUUAGGCGGGCUGCAGGCAAAGUUCCAUAUCAAGAAAAUGAUGGCUAUUGCCCAGAUGUGGAGCUAAGUGAUUCCGAACCAGAAAGUGAGGGAACUAAAGAAAAAGUCAGGGUAAAGAGGGAGAGUUCAGACAGGGAAAAUCUGUCCCGUGAUUCCAGGCGGGAUUGCCGAGGUAAAAGCAGACCACAUCACCUUUCUCAUAGUACAAUGCAGAGGUGAUUAAAAAAUUUCAAGAAUAUUUGAGCCUGUGCCUCAUAUAUUGGGGAAAAACCAUACACCAAAAGGAUUCUAGAAUAUUUUAGGAGGGGUUGUAGUGAGAAUGAUAAAAUGUUUUCAUAACUGUUUGACUUGCAGUUUUUGAAAUGGUUUCAAGUCCAAUUUUUACAACUACAUUAUCGAGAUUGCCAGAGGUUUUUUACCAGAGGCUAUUGAGAACAACUCAGCCCAAGAUAUUUGCUCAGUAAAUACUUUGGGAGAACUUUUCAGAUACAUUAACACAAUAAUGAACAUACUAUUACGAUUUCUUGCACUGUUAAUAAAUUUGCAAGAGAUUAUGAAUCAAACACUAAGACUUACUUGUCUACAGCAUGUGACUCCCAGAGUUCUGUCUGUAGGAAAUUCCUAAUUACACUGGUAUCUUGGAAACCCUCUUCAGGGAGAGACCAGGGACCAAUAUCUCAGAUGCUGUCAAGCUCACUACCCUCUUCCUUUGCUUUUGCACAAGGAUGAGUUCCUUUCACAGUAUCUCACCUUACUGAGUCAAUUCUCCUAUUGCUUUUAGGUGUCCAGUGCCUGUUCCUAGACUUGUUUGUUGGGGACGCACUUGUAAUUAUUUCACCCCCGCUAACAAGUGUAAAAGGCUGAUUGUGGAUAGUGUUUACAAAAGUACAAAAGUACUACUUCUAAGGAAAUGCUCUGAUUCACUCAGUUUAGGCAUUUGUGAAGGAUCCCAGAGCCUUUCCCAAAGUGAGACCAUUUUGCGGGGUGGGGGGGGGGGGAAUUUGUGCCAGGUCAGGGUUUUUUGUUAUUUUCAAGUAAGUUUGACUUAAAUAAGUUUGGCUGACAGUUUUUGUAUACCUGCUUUAAUGUUUAUAAAAUUUUUAUUGAGGUAUAAUUAAAAUAUAGUAAAAUGCACAGAGGUUAAGUAUUCUUACCUGCUUUAAUUUUGAAACAGAUUUUUAUUGUCAAACAGAAUUUGAAGGCAUGUGUUUAACACAUGGAUAUAAUUUAGCUUUGUACCACUUUGAAUCAGAGGAAAUUUCCCAAGCAAAAAGGCUGGAGCCAUUUUUCAGAAGUUGCUUACACCCUGUUCCCAAACUAUCAGCCUUCAUUAAUUUUGGGGAGGAAGAGAAUAAUUACAUUGUUGGGGGAGGGGGUAUAAAACAUGUCUGCUUCCCAUUUAAAGAAGGGGAAAUGUUACAGUUUUUAAAAUGUGAAGCUGACUAUAAUUCUCUGCUCUUUUCUUCUUAGCCUUAAAUUAAUAUUCUCUUUCUUCUAGUUUGGGAAAAUGUAGUGGGAGUUUUCAGAUUUUAAGAAAAAUGCCAUUUUAGAUUUCUAAAGAUGCUGGUAAGACAGCCCAGCUGCUGAAGGUGUGCCAGUCAGUAAAGGCGGGGGGGGGGGGGUCCCUCUUUUCUCCAUCAGCAUGGGAAACUCAGUAGUUCUCUCCCUGAUUUUGUCCCUGUGACCUUGAAAUGAGUUCCUUUGCUUUUGGUGUUUACCCUCUUUUUCCAAAAAGCUCUGUAUUUUUGCCUCACUGUGGCUACAUCUUCAAAAUGUUUCUUUUGUGCCUGUGUACAUGUGUGAACACGCCAUAGCAUGUGUGGUAGGUGUCCUGUAUUUUGUUUGAAUGAAAAAAGCUAUGGAUUAUCCAAAAUGAGGAAGAUAAUUUCACCUACUUAAUGCACUAUGUUUCUGUGCUUUUCAUAGUUAUUUUGGGGUAGAUAUUAAUUUGACACCUUCGUGAUAAAGAAAUUAUAAUGGAGCUGUGUUGUGAACUUCUGUUAGAGACCAAUUCAGUAGCCUAUGUAACUUCAUGCCUUUUAAUUAUGAGUGAGUGAGAGGAAAAGCAAACAGUGAAAAAGUGCUUCAGCCAAAUUUCAUAUGUAUGCCAUUGGGAAGAGUAUUGACUAAAAGGAUUUCAGUCAGGGAAAUAUAGUUGUAAUAUUUUUACAGAAUUUUCCUUGUUAAAUGAAGGAGCCUUCAUUUGUGUAAAUUUCAAUUGCCCUAAGAUGUAUUUGCUACAUUUUGCUGUUGUUUGAAGUAUUACCUCUUAACCUUCUUUGUUAACUUUUUCAUUUUGUCUUAUGUAGUCCAGUUUUCAAGAUUAGCUCCGUCUUUUUUCAGAUGUCACCUUUCUACCAAUACUUUUUCAUUAAAUUAUAAAAGC